GCUUGGUUGAAGCAUCGGGCUCAGUUAUACGAAAAUCUAAGAUGUGGAAUUCACGUACAAUGAAGAUCGCUGUGAGCUCGUCUUUGUUUAUUUCGGGAAUAAUGCUUAGUUUGGUCAGGCUUUCCGAACAACGUACAACAGAAAAGUCUUUGAAGACUGGUGUUACCAACGAAUCACACCUUAUCGAACUGGGUCUUGUGCUGGAUAACGCUCUGUACCAGCAGUUCGACCAGGAUGACGAUCAGGCGAAGCUGUACAUUUUCAGUCUGGUGAAGCAAUCCAACGCAUUGCUCCGUCCAAUCAACGUAUCCGUCCACCUCGUUUACGUAACCAUGUGGAAGGAUCACAACGAAAUCCCGGUCAUUAACGACACCGUCGCAACGUUAACUAAUUUUCAAACCUUUGUAAGGAAUAUCGACGUGACAAAAGCUAACCUAGACACAGUCAUUCUACUCAGUGGAUUCCGCGAUCUUGACAUGCCAUCUGCGGCAUAUCUGAGAAGUAUUUGCAAACAAACUCCGAGUGCUGCCGUGGUUCGGAUCGAUACGGUUCAAAGCCGGCAAAACGCUGCCGUUGUAGUUCACGAGAUUGGACACCUUCUCGGAGCUGAGCAUGACCACAAGUGUCGCGGCUGUGUUAUGAGCCCAUUCAUUGACGACUGGAGUGACGAAGGAUGGAGUCGGCGGUCACAGCGGGAGUUGGUGGAGGUGAAGGAAGAGGGACUGUGGAAAUGUUUGAGGAAUAAGCCGAGCAAGGUGGAUGGUGAAAGUGAUGGAAAUAGUGGCUGAUGAUUUGUUAGGCAGCGAAGUGAUCAAGAACAUAGGUUGACAACAACA